AUGGCAUACAACCAACGAUACCCAUCAACACAUCAAACAUCCAAUCCACGGUACGGUUUUUCACAAUCCUACCAGCCAACAGCUGGAACACCACAACAAUCACAACCGGCAACCACAUUACUGCCUGCAACUUUAAACAAUGCCACCCCAUACGGUGCUAAUCAAUUAUACACCUCGCCCACGUCUAGUAAUUUGUAUAGUGGAACUGGGAUAGGCACCAGUGGUAGCAACACGAGUGGAUUCACGCAGACUGCCCACAGUGGACUGUUUAAUGCUAGUGCCUCGACCAAUUACCAACAGAGACAAACUCAACAACAACAACAGCAGCGAUUAGCCUCGUCUCAGUUACAAAGUGCACAUAUACCAUAUAACACUCAUCAAUCUUCAAUUACUUCACAUUCAUCACCCGCUUUAAGUUUACAACAAUUUCAUACAACUGGUGGAUCAAGUUCUACAACUACUCAAGCACCGGUUGCACAACAUAGUAAUAACAUGAUUUCGUUACCUACCCCGAAUUCAUCUUCCCUCAAUAAUAUAAUACGUCAACAGCCCGCGACACAAUGGAUGGACCCGAGCAGCUCAAGUAUGAAUAAUUUUGGAAUGACGGCGGGAAUCAUGCCAAAUGUGGGCCUUUUAAAUCCGUUGGGAUUCUCGAAUAGAUCGAACAAUGAUAAUAAUACACUUAGCCCUUAUAGUGUCGUCGGUGUUGAUGAUUCGACUACAGGAAUUAGCAAUGAUGAUUUAAUGGAAAGCACAAUAUCUGAUGUUUCAUCACCAUUAACAACCAACGCAACAGCGACCACACAAAAUUCAAUAACCGGACAACCAACCUACAUGAAUAUGUCACGUUUUUCACAACAACCGCAGCAAACGCAACAACAGCCAUCCACAGCAUCAUCAUCGAACUCAUCAUCUACCACCACCACACCCCAAGCAAAUAAUCAGCAGACAACCACGUCACAAGUCACCAUGCAACGUCAUGCCAAUGUCCGACGUAAUUAUACCACGCCUACGUCAUCACCAAGUACAAUGGGGAAUGUGGGGGAUCUACCCGCGACGUCGGUAAAUAAUGUUAUUAGUCCAAAAAGAACUCCAAACGACACAAACAAUACAUACAAUUCAAGUAUCUCAGCACGAAACAAUAUCUCUCACACUGGAUCAUUGAAUAAUUACAUGACGACGAAUUAUGCAUCUCAAGCGACUACUGCAAAUUAUCCAUCUCAAGCCACUACGGCUUCCGCGCAACAAUUGCAACAGCAAGCCACACCACAACAACAAUUAUCCCAGGCUCAAACCUCAUCACAUCAACAACAUGCUUCGCAGCAACAAACACGUAGUUCAUUCCAGAAUUACACUUCCCCGCAAAUAUCCGCCUCUCAUAUUCAGGCUUCGCCAGCACAACAGCAUCGAGGAGGCUACACACAUCAUCAACAACACGUGACUCAUUCCCCGCAUCAACAGCACAAUCAACAUCAGACUUCCUCAUCACAAUCACAUCAACAUCAUAUCCCAAAUCAACAUCAAGUUCCACAGAAGCGUCAAGUUGUGUUGCCUGGCGGUGGUCAACAAUCGUCAUCAUCCAAUUCGGUUGAUCCAACUAAAUCUCCUACGUCCCAAUCAACCAGUUUAGCCACUUCAGUGGUCAAAGACAAAAAAGUCAAACGACCACCGAACGCGUUCUUAAUAUACUCUGGUGAACGCAGACCGCAGCUCCAGAAACAGGAUCCAAAUCUGCAAACAGCGUCAGUAAGCAAAAAAUUGGGCGAGGAAUGGAGGAAUAUGGAUCCGGCUGAGAAAGAAAGAUAUAAUGAGAAGGCGCAUAAACUCAAAGAAGAGUUUAAGAGCAUAAAUCCAGAGUAUGUUUAUUCACGUCGUACUCCAAGUGGUGGUGCAAACAUCGGGAAGAAGCGAGGUUCCACGUCUUCAACAUCAAAAUCUAGUCCAGUUACUCCUGUUGCGCAACUGCCAAAUCCUCAAAUGUCUGCUCAAAUCGUUGUCCCAACUCCAACAAGUAAUAUUGUGCUGGUAAUGUAUCUUACAUCGAAUAAUUUAAUUAUGUAA